CCAAAUUCCCCCUUGUAAUCCAAGGAAAAAAACCAUAUGAUUUUGAAAAUCAUCAAACAUCCUGACAUAUUUCGGCCCAGAAACCACCCCAAAAAAAAAAAAAAAAAUUCUAUUAACAUUCCGAUUCGUUAAGGCUUUCCGUGCCUGGCGUUGGGCUGAACUAAACCCAAACAACCUAAAGAAAAAAAAAAAAAAAAAAAGGCCCACAAUAUAAACGAAGAGCUUUCAUUCUUUAGCACGACGUCGUUUGUACUGGUCUCGUUGCUCCGAGCAGUGGCAGACUGCAGAGACCAAGAAAGUAACGGUAUGCCGCAAAAGACCAUCUUUACUGCAAAUUUUUGUUGGGUUUCAAAGAAAGCAAAAGAAUGAUUUCUUCAUUGAGAUCCAGAUGCAAUAGAUCAUUCAUUCUUCUAUCUUCCACUCGAAAUUUCCAAUUUUUCUCGACCACUCAAUCUGUUUCCGCCGAACCCACUUCAAUUCACAGCUCCAAGAACCCGAAACCUCAGCCCGACCAGCUCCAUUUUGACCCCAACACAGUCCGAGAAACGCUUUCUUCCUACUGCAAUGACUGGAAGCGCGCUUUCGAAUUCUUCAACUGGGUCGAGACCAGUUGCCAAUUCCAACACACCACCGACACCUACAAUCGUAUGCUCGACAUUCUCGGUAAGUUCUUCGAGUUUGACCUCUCUUGGGACUUAAUCCAGCGGAUGAACCAAAACCCAUUUUCUCGUCCUGACCAUUCCACUCUUCGAAUUAUGUAUAAGCGCUAUGUCUCUGCUCACCUUGUGAAAGAAGCUAUGGAUGCCUAUAAUCGUGCGGAAGAGUUUGGUUUGAAAGAUGAGACUUCGUAUUGUAAUCUUAUCGAUGCGCUUUGCGAGUAUAAACAUGUGAUUGAGGCUCAAGACAUGUUAUUUUGGAAGAACAAAGAUUCGGGUUUUGAUAAAAGCACGAAGAUUUAUAAUAUGAUUCUUCGCGGGUGGUCGAAAAUGGGGUGGUGGGGUAAGUGCAGAGACUUUUGGGAAGAGAUGGAUAGGAGAGGUGUAGUUAAAGAUUUGCAUUCGUAUUCCAUAUAUAUGGAUAUACUGUGCAAGAGUGGAAAGCCGUGGAAGGCAGUCAAAUUGUAUAAAGAGAUGAAGAAGAAGAGAAUCAAAUUGGAUGUGGUAGCUCAUAAUACUGUUAUCCGUGCCCUUGGUCUUUCUGAAGGUGUUGAUUUUUCAAUUAGGUUGUUAAGGGAGAUGAGGGACUUGGGUUGUGAACCCAAUGUUGUGACUUAUAAUACGAUCAUAAAGCUUUUGUGUGAAAAUGGGAGGUAUAAAGAGGCAUCUGCGAUGCUUGCUAAAAUGCCUGAGAAAGGUUGUGCUCCGGAUGUGAUUACGUAUCAUUGCAUAUUUGCCUCUCUUGAGAAGCCAAAAGAAAUUCUUAGGUUGUUUCAUAGGAUGAUUGGAAGUGGUGUUCAACCGAGGAUGGAUACUUACGUGAUGCUUAUGAGGAAAUUUGGGAGGUGGGGAUUCCUUCGACCGGUUUUUGUUGUAUGGAAGAAGAUGGAAGAGCUUGGGUGUAGUCCAAAUGAGUCUGCUUACAAUGCUUUGAUUGAUGCUCUGGUGGAAAAGGGAAUGAUAGACAUGGCUAGGUUGUACGAUGAAGAGAUGCUAGCAAAGGGGCUUUCAGCUAAGCCUAGGGAAGAGUUGGGGACAACGCUGGUAAGAAGAGGACCAGAUGAUGGGUAAUUGGAAUAUUUUGCAUUUUAUUCAAGAUGGAUGAGCCAUGAAAAUGCUUGUAAAUAUUAUUAGAAGAUUGUACCAUAAACUCCUGUAUUAAGCGGAUGGAAGAAGAUAGAGGCUCAGGGGUGCCAUCGGAAUAAUGCAAGUUGCUGAGACAUGAAUGGACGCCCUUCAGGCUUCUAUCUAUAUUGAGGAAAUGAGAUUUGAAAAGAGGUUGAAAUUGUCUGAUAGAUUGCUGAUGGUUUUGAGCCAUAAUCCAUAAGGAGCAGCAAUUUUCUGCUUCAAAAAAACUUUAGAUUUCUCAUCUCUUCAUGCGCUAGAGUAAAAGGUUCCUAGUGAAUAUAUCUAUAUGAAGCUCAUAAUUCAUGACAGCAAUAUGCUGCAGAUGGUCCUGAAGUAGGCAAAAUUAAGUGAAAGGUUAAUUUGAUGAUUACUUUGGGAUACUUUCUGAGUUCUUGGUUUCUUUUUGAUCCAUUUUGUUUCCACUCUAGAAGUCAUGGUCCAUGGAUAACUGUGAAAUGAUUACCAGAAGGAAGAUGGAACCAAUAAGCAA